AUGCCUCGAAAGGUCGCCUACACCCAGGUGACCCCAAUCCCAUCCCAUAUUCCCCGCCAGCUGGGUAUCGACAUGCUCCACAGCCACGGCGAGCUCAUCGAACUGAACCCACUCGUCCUCAGUUACAACCAGAUUAAACCUCCAAGAGACGCUCCGGCCGACGAAUACUUCUCAACAUGGUACGAGAUCACCGAAAGAAUACAGAUUAUACCCGGUACCGGCAAGCUGGGCUCGGGCAAGAUUAGCUUCAGAGGUGUCUACCAUGACAUGCCCUGGGGUCUGCAGACUCACGUUUAUGUUCCCGGCGGUGUCGAUCUGCGCGUCAAGUACUCCAUCCGUGGGAACCAGCCAGGUGAGCCGCCAGAGGCCCGUGAGCUCGGUAGUCAGGCACCCGCCGAUGGCCUUUACUUGCGCGAAGAUAUCGAGAUCAAGUGCAACUUUACUAUGGUAUCCUUUGUCAAAAAGGGAAUGAAAGAAGCUUCUAAAGUCAUGAUUGCGCGCCUGAUCAAGAAAGCAGAGCUCAUUGAUGCCGAGAUCCUACGACAAAUGAUGGAUGCCCACAAGCUUCAGGACGAGCAGCAGAACAUGGCCGGUCACUCGCCUCAACCACCUGGAUCACCUGGCCUGUCUGCAACAGGUCAGGUACCUUACUCGCCUGGACCCGGUCAGGAUCCUUUCAGUAAACGCCAUACUAUGAUUUCAAGCUCGGACGUUCUCCGGAAGCGGGAAGAGUCGCUGCGUCAAGCACUAUACAACAAUGGCACUCUUCAGCCUCAACCCAGCCCAGGUAUUCCUCACCCCAACAUGAUGGAGAUGAUGGGUUCGGUACCCGGUCAAGGCCAGGCUCCGACGCAGCAGUUCCACAACAGUAAUCCCGGCCUCGCAAUCGAAAUGGAGGGCGAUACAUCCUUCAAUCACCGUUCCCCAAUGCCAUCACCAAACAUGCAGUCACAAGGACAUCGUGCUUCAACAUAUUCGGAGCUUUCGGGCGAAAACGGUUACAAUCUUGGUUCGCGACCUCAGAGCACCCCUCACGGAGGUACAGAGGCCAGCUCUGGAUGGGGUGGCUCACAAGCUAGCUCUUCUAGUCCGAGAGUUGAGCAAGCUCCAGGCCAGUAUCGUUACAAUCCCAGAGACUUUGCGUCGGAGCUACCUGCGGGGAGAUGA